AUGGUUUCGACGAGGCGAGUGAAGGCACUUUCGAGGCCUCCAAGCCGCUCAUCCGUCACCACGAGGACAGUCACCAGCGAAAAUACGAUUUUUCCCCCAAACCAUAACAAGGCUGAGUACUCAGGAACGCUAUCGUUAGUGAGCAACAGUUUGACUUUCAAAGUCGGACGGAAGGUCGUGAACGACGAGGGGACCCCAGACGAGUACCAUGAGGACAAGGAGACGCAGAAACAUAGACCCAAGACGUUUGCAUGGCCACCGAGAAAGCGAAGCGAAGCACGAGAAUUCUCGAACCCUCCUGGGAGGACAGCUGAAGAGCAACAGGAGCAUACCAUCGAGAGAGUCGCCAACCCCAGUGCCGAAAGUUUAGGUCUGGCAUCUCCUAGCUCGAAACUUCCCAAAGUCAUGUUAAUGCCAACUGAACCCCCAGCACUCGCCAAUUCGAGCGGAGGCGCCGACGAGCGCGAGAAGACGAGCAUUGCAAAGUUCAUCACAAUAUCCUACGCAAAACCUCCUCUCAUCUAUCUCGCUGUCGCCGGAUUGUCGAAACCCAAAAUCGCAAGAAAGCCGGGGAGAUUGGAGGACCUGUCGCAGAAAGACGGAGCUCUGGCAGGUCCCGUAUCAGUCGUAGCUGAUCUCUGGCCUGGAAGCUUAAUACCUCGGAGAUAUAAUAGGAAGGGUGUUCCCGCUGCUGGUAGCGAGUUUUUCUCAACCUCAUCGCUCUCUCGACGACUUCCUGUACACUCGCUUUUUGCCAGCUCUACAUUCUUUGCUCCGCCGGUCGGUUCCCUAUAA